AUGCCCAAAGAAACGACCAUAGAUCAGGAAGAUGCAGACUUUGAGCUGUUGACCACCGAAGAGGAAGGUGAGGAGCAUGCUGUGUUUGAUUUACUGCGCGAACAGGUCCGGUUCAGACAGGACCCCGUAGAGUUCUUAUCGGCAAUUCAGAAGCACUACUUUGGCACUAAUUGGCGUGCGUACGACAGGUACGUCGGAGCACGCUUGUACUUCACUGGCUGGCGUGACAAAAUGCUCGAGGAGACAAUCAACCGUCCAAUUGUUGAAAACGCCAUGUCGGACCUCGUCCAGAGACGUAUGGACAUGGAGCAGUCGUGGAACCUAAGCCCCGCAGAACGUGAUCAGAGACGCGCUAUUUAUAUCAAUUGUGUCCGCGAUAUGGUCAAAGAUAUUGGAGUUAAGGCAAUGCCUUGGUUCGAAAACCUGGGGACCACCAAGUUCGUCUACUGGGUCGUGGCCCAGACGCUUUCUCGUUGCUAUCACCAGGGCAUGCAUAUUUCUCGGGCAGACAUUAAGCGGGUCAGAGAGACUGCCAAAAGAAUCGAAGCCAAGAAGCAAAGCUUGCUGCUGUUCCCGUGCCAUAAAUCGCACAUCGAUUACAUCUCCCUGGUGUUCACCUGCUUCCGGUUAGGUAUCUCGCUUCCGGCCACAAUUGCUGGUGAUAAUCUCGAUGUCUUUAUUUUGAACCGAUUCCUACGCGAAUGCGGUAGUUUGUACAUCCGAAGAGGUAACUGGUCUGAAGACCCUCUUUACACCGCGUUCUUCCAAGGUGUCAUCGAGACUCUACUCCACGAAGGAGUAAAUUUCCAAUGCUUUAUCGAGGGAACACGCUCUCGUACCGGCAAACUACUUCCGCCAAAGUUUGGUAUUCUUAAAUAUGUGCUCGAAACCAUCCUUAGCGGUGCGGUUGAAGAUGCCUGGGUUUUGCCUAUCUCUACCCAAUACGACAAGGUUGUUGAAGCCGAUACCUAUGCUACUGAACUCUUGGGUCGUGAAAAGAAGUCAGAGUCUUUCACGUCGUUCCUUAAAUCGUCGAACGUCAUGUCGUUGAAGUUGGGCCGAAUCGACAUUCGCUUCGGCGAAAUCUGGUCACUGCGCAGUUUUGUUAUUCAACAGCUUCAGCUUGAGUCGGUUAUUUCAUUCCCUCUACCUCGUCCUGUUUCCCGUGAAAACCGAAUGCAUAUGCUCAAGGCCCUAGGCUACCGUAUUUUGGCAGAUAUCAACCGAGCCUCCGUUGUCAUGCCUUCGGCGUUGGUAGGUACAGCUUUGCUCACAACGUCACAAAGCGGUGUUUCUCAUGAACAGCUCAUUGAUCGUGUUCACUGGCUUAUAGGGCGUGUUUUGGAAGCUGACGGUAAGGUUGGCGCUAUUCGCAAGAAUCCUCGUGAUCUGACCAGAGACGAAAUCAAGGCCCUGGUUGAUAAUGCCAUCAACGUACUGGGUUCCGACUUGGUCAAGGUCGACACUAAGAACCUGCUUGAACCUAUUUACUACCCCAAUGAUGAGUUCAAGCUCAGUUACUAUCGUAACCAAACGAUUUUCUUAUUCAUUGCUGAAGCAAUUACGUCUGUGGCUAUCUUCACCCUUGCCAACACAAAUUACCGUAAGAUUCCUUUCCAAGAGCUUGAGAAGAAGGUGUUUUUCCUGUCAAAGCUUCUUUCGAACGAAUUCGUUUAUGGUACCGAGGGUUUGCAAAGUAACUUGAAAAACACCUUGCACGAGCUUGAGCGGGCCCAUGUCAUCAACUUGAGCGAUGGCGGAGAGUAUAUCAGCGUCAACAUUUCCGAAAUCCACCGGGAUAUCCAGGUGUUUGACUUGUAUUGCUACUUGGUGUGGCCGUUUAUCGACGGGUACUGGUCCACGAUCAUGUCUCUGUUCAUCUUACCUCCAAAUGGACAGGUACCUGAAAAGGGAUUUUUCAAGAUCGCUCAAUCGGUUGCUCGCACUCUUUAUGCCCAGGGCGAGCUCGCCCAUUCCGAAGCCCUUAAUCAGGAGAUGAUCAAGUUCGCUGUCCAGUCGUACAUUGCCCAGGGCAUUGUUGUAAAAUCCACCUCCGCUACUGGCGUGCCAUGUCUGUCUCUGGCCCAGCACUACCAGCCCCGGGUGGCUGCCGAUGGCAGCGUGUUGCUCGAGGGACCCUUGUACGACAUUGCAGAAGAGCUGGCCAUGUCGCGUAACAAGCGACUGAGAGUGAAUCUCACUCAUCAGAUCACCCAGCGCACAAUUGACCUGUGCGCUCCUCACGCCGCUGAGUUAUCACUUCCUCGUCUGUAA